AUGGGUAUUUCCUACCUGGCGGGCACGAGAACUAACCGAGCAAAGAGACGUAGAGCACAGAAUCGAGCAUCCCAACGCCUAUUCCGCGAAAGAAAACUCCAAUACGUCAAGGGCAUUGAAACCCAACUCGAAGAACUCAACGAAAAGUACCAGGAUUUGCUCGUUUCAUUCAAAAUUCAGGCCGACGACAACGCAGAGCUUCGAUCAAGGAUCGCCAAGCUUAACAACACAAGUCUGCCGAAUUAUAGCUGGAAGGGAAGGUAUACUUGA